AUGGCGAUGUCAGCUCUGAGAAGGGAGGGGAGGCGGAUCCUCAUUUCGCCUUUCGCGCGUCCCGCCCCCGCCCCUAGUGUGGCAGCUCGUUCCGGGAUCUUCUGCGAGUAAGCCCCAGCCCUCGUGUUUUCGAGCUGACCGAUCGCUCUUUGCUGGAUCACGUGGCUACGUCCUUCUAUGGAAAUGAAGUUAAUCUAUUCCUGGUUUUCGAGAAUGUGAUAGAUGUUGGGAUGGGUAUUUUUUGGGUGCUGAUUGGCUCGAGUUGUUGAGUCUUUCAUGCAUUCUACGCCAUUUUCUAGAGCGCGAUGUUUCGUCUUACUUUUGUAUUUUAAUUUUUAUUUUCCUCAUCCUUUCCCCUUCGUCGGUGUCUGAAUCAUCAAAAAAAUUGUACCUGACGUGGGUCAACCUUGCGGGAAUCUUACCUGCUAAGAAGUUUCUAAUUGAUUUCUUCCCUCUGCAGGGAUGUGAAUCCAGACGGCACACGAUCAAUUUCUACUCAAAUAGGUAAAGUAAAUUUACCCAUGUCGCCUACUGAACUCGAGUGCACUACCUUUUAUAGUUCUUCUCUUGAGGAAGGAAUCUUCUUUAAAAUAAAGAAAAUUUCGCCCCUUCAUGUAACAGAAACUGGGGGUGUUGACGCUUGCAAAUUGAACUGAUUCUUUGUUUGCAGUUAGGAACAGAAUGAAGAGUGUCAAAAAUAUUCAAAAGAUCACAAAGGCUAUGAAGAUGGUUGCAGCCUCAAAGCUGAGGGCUGUUCAAGUGAGGACUGAAAAUUCACGUGGCCUGUGGCAACCAUUUUCUGCACUUCUCGGGGAUGUUCCAAGUACGGCUUUCAUUUCUGAACUUCCUUUAAUAUGGGUUUGCUCAACGGUUUAUUAUAACUUUUACGCUGGGUGUGAAUGUCAACAGUAGGGGUCACAGAAUUUGUUAUGUUUCCACCUGGCGUUCGUAGGUACAUUAGCAAAGAAUUUUUUCUUGAUCGCUUCACUAAGGUAGUAUAGGAACACAUUCGCACGUGUUUGUAUGGACUUACCAAUGCCACAUCGCCAUAAUGAACCAUAGUCUAUGGUUCUAUGUCGUUAAAUUCAAUAUGAGCUCAUGUGAGAUGUUAUGGUGAGCACUAGGCUCUAAGCUUUCAUGAUUCAAAACACUUGAAGGUAAUCUUUGAAACAGCCUGCUCAUUGAUACACCGAACAGAUCCCUAAAUCAGAUGACGAAGUCUAUUGUAGAAUUGUGAAGGAAUGAACCAAGUUUGUGUAGAAAAGGAGCGUCGGGGGAUUCUAUAGCUCUUAGUUGAGUAGUUUAUGGGGGAGUACUCGGCCAGUGUGCCUUUUGUAGCAAAAGAUUUUGGCGAACGGACUUACCUCGAAAUUAUUGUACUGAUCUCUCUCAAGAUAAGAGAGAAAAAAAACGAAAUAAAUGAAAAGAAUCCACAAUCCCAUAUUUUAAGGACUCUAGUAGUUAUUUAUAAAGAGUUUCCCAGUCACUUCGGUGAGAUUUUAAGGUAUUUGAUGCCCUUUUUAGUUCCACUUAUCUGAAUUCCUACCUUGAUCGGCACAAUGAUAUAUGCUGAUUUUUUUCACAUUUAACUAACUUUUGACCGCCAAUUCCUUUCUCUGAUCCUUAGAUUUAAGUAGCUUCUGUGCUGGGCAGGCCAUUCUCUCUCCUUUCAAACUCUUCAGAACAUUUGGCUCUUUCUUAUGUACAUUCAAUUAUUUGUAUUUGUAUUCACCUUUGUGACUUUUGUCCACCCUCGUAGGCUUUAACAUGUGUGGGAAUGACGACAGAGUUGUGAAUUAAAUGGAAGGGAUAAUGUGUACCAGAUAUAGCAACUGUGAUUACGCUUGUAUCAGCUUAUUUAACUAUUCUGGUAGUGUUCUGGGUGGCAUUCCUUUCUAUGGUGUAUAAUUUUACAGAAAAGCUAGAAUAUGUUUUUCCUGUUUUACUUGUGUUUAUGAGUUUAUCUCCCUUGAAAGCGUCCCUUAUGCGAAUAUGAUUAUAUUGGUUUCUUAGAACCCUUUCACUUUUCUGCAUAGUACUGGGAUGUUAAUGAGCGUCUCUUUGUUAAUCUUAUUUAAUAAUUCUACGCCUUUUUAAAAAUUCGAGUGUCACGAUUUAAGCAGUCUAAAUGCUUUAAUAUUAUCGUCACUUACUCCCACACUUAUUUUUGGUGGCCAUUGUGUAUUAUCUUGAAUGUUGGCCGUGUUUUAGAUGUCCCUAAGGACACAUUUUGGUGAAGUGAUGCUGGUGGCAGAAUGCUUUGAACAGGGAAUGGAAUAAUGUGAAGUGGUUGCGAUUUUUUGUGUGAACAUUUCAUGUUUUGUGAGUAAAUAAAAUUGGCAUUGUUCCAUUUGCGUUUGUGUCCCGUAUUGUGACCGUCUGGUUUAUGAGUAGUUUCCCCCUGAAAAUUAUCUUUUUGUUUUCUUGGGAGGUCUUAGCUAUAUGCUGUUGCUAAGCUCAAGACUCUCCCCAGUAUGGGAAACGUGUACCUUCGCUUAUGAGAGCGGCACACUUUCGUCCUUUCCCCCCUUUUUCUCCUGAUCCUUUAUAAACCACCACUGUUUUUCCUCGAUUUCCGUUUUCGCUGCUGUAGCAGUUCCUAUAAUCUAAUAUUGUAUGGUGACCACUAGACACUAUUGGAAGAAGGAAACCUAGAUUCUCUGUGUAGGGUUGCUUCUUGAGAAAUUUUCUAGGAUUACAAAGAUACAAGCUCGUAGAUUUCUCUGCUACUCGAUUUGUCUCAAUCGAAUUGGUAUUCCCCUGGUGGUCGUUCAUCAAUACUUCAUUGGAUAUCAGAUAGUACCUACCUUGCCAGGAUUGAGUUCUCAGUCGGCUGUAUUUUACACACUAAAUUACGUAUCUUGAAAAGAUGUAAUUAAUCCAUCUUGCGUUUUUCGCAAUUUUAAUGCCUGAUUCUGCAUUUUUCUUUGUUGCCUAAAGAAAAAGGGGUUUUUGAAAGUCUUAUGUCAGUUUAAUGAUGAAAUAAAAUUGCUUUAGGAAGUGCAGCGAUGUGUUAACUUGCCUGGGUCUCCAUUAUGGAUGUCUAACUCUAUUUCGUUAUCAAUACAUCAGGCAUUGAUGUGAAGAAGAAUGUUAUCAUCACUAUCUCAUCUGAUAAAGGCCUCUGUGGUGGAAUCAACUCUACAUCUGUCAAAGUCAGCAAGGCUCUUUACAAAUUGACAUCUGGUAGCUUCUCAAACCACCUGUCCUGGGGUUUUAUUACUCUUGAGUUGAGGCAAUUAUUAAGUUGUUACCAUUUUGUCGUAGGACCGGAGAAAGAGACAAAAUAUGUCAUUUUGGGAGAAAAGGGGAAGGUUCAGCUGGUUCGUGACUCGAGGAAGAAUAUUGAGCUGUCCAUAACUGAGAUACAGAAAAAUCCGCUCAAUUAUACACAGGUGAUGUUUAUAUGGUUGUGUUGGCUCUUGGCUCAUCUGUACUUGAACUUAUCCUCUUUUUUCUAUUUCUUUUUGUUGAAAUUAUUCAUUCAUUUUGAAUCGCCAAUUAUAUUUACGAUUGUAUUCUGAAAUCUAUUUUCUCCCUCUCCCUCCAAAUUAUCGCCGAUUUAGAGGGCUAGUAGUGCUUUCUACUAACUACUCUUUAUGUCUGCAGACAUAAGACAUUUCUUGCUGAUGUGACAACGAGUCCAUUUCUUCCUCUCUAUAUGUUCAUAUUCUACAUUUUCGGUGGCUGCCCUGCAAAACACAUUCUCUUUAUAUUUGGCACGAGUUUCUGAACUCUUGUUGAAGUCUCUGUUUACUCAAGUUGUAUGAAGGAAGGCUUGGUUUAGUAGGAAACUUGUUCUUCUGUAUUGGAAUGGUCUAAAAACAUUUUGUUGCUUUCUAUUGAAUGAACUGGCAAGAAAAUUUGCUCAUAUGCUUCACCUCCGCGACCUUUUUUUUUUUUUUUGCUCUCAGUCUUCUUGAAUAGAAAUAUGGCGAAUCAUUUGUCCUAGCUGCAAACAGAUUAAGGAUAGUGAAUGCUUUUUCAUCAGCCCAUUUCAUUGCCAUUUCAGGUGUCCGUCCUCGCAGAUGAUAUACUGAAGAACGUCGAGUACGAUGCAUUAAGGAUCGUGUUCAACAGGUUCCAUUCUGUUGUCCAAUUCAUGCCCACAAUCUCGACUAUCUUAUCUCCUGAGGUAUUUUAUUUCUUUACUGGGCAGCAUUUAUUUCCGUAUUUCUCAAAAUAAUUGUUUUUCGUUGGAUAUUAUCUCAAUUCCGGUUAUACUCAGGUUGUGGAAAAAGAGUCCGAGGCCGGGGGCAAGGUGGGCGAUUUAGACUCUUACGAGAUUGAGGGAGGGGAAACGAAGGGAGAAAUUCUUCAGAAUCUCGCGGAGUUCCAGUUCUCCUGUGUACGUUUUUCUUUCAUAUCAGUUUCAAACAUGCCUUUACGUUUGUUUUCCCAUUGAAGGUAGCUCUAAUUUCAGGUCUUACAAGUAUUUCUGUGCUUCAGUUCUUGCAGUAGAUGGAAAACUGCUGCUUCAGUUUCUAAGAUAGACUGAUUGACUUAUUUUUUGUUAUUCAUGGCGGUCAAUCUAAUAGCAAUAUCAUGAAGUAACUGUGGGUGUCUAGUCUAAAUUUAGUAGUCAGAUUCGGAUAGAAUAUGUCCAGAUUCAAAACUUUUCCCACUCGCCACAAAUGCAUUUAUUUUCCGUAUGGAUUUAUAUUUUCUGGCCGGGUGAAUCUGUGAUGUGAUGGGUUUCGCACGAGCAUACCGAUUGAGAAAUGAAAUAUCUCUCCGAAUCCAGUGUACGUAUGUAUGUGAAACCCAUCUGGCAUAAUCUGAAAAGAGUCAACUCUCGUCGCUGAUUCUUCAAAUUUACGUACCAUUUUAUGAUUAUCUUGAACAUAAAAUGGGUUGCUUUCCACCAAGCGUUUGGAUCAGAAUCUGUAUGGACUUGUAUUUGGAAGGGGGAUGGGUAUGAUCUAGAGAUCCGAGAUCUCUGAAGCCGCCAAUCUGGUGAACUCGUUGCCGAUUCUUCAGACUUUACUAGUAAAGCCAUUGUCGUCAUCAUCUUGAAUCGGACAUGGAUUGGGAUAUUUAUUAGGUAUGGUCUGAUUCAGAGCACACGAACCUAAGAAACGUCCCUCUUGAGCGAGUCUAAUCUUUGUGCACGAAACCCGUGUUGAAAGAAGCUUCGAAACUGUGAUCUUCGUCGUCAAUCCUUGAAAUCUAACAUUGUACAAUCAUAUCAUGUCAUGCGUUCAGGUUCUGUUCAAUGCUGUUCUUGAGAACGCCUGCAGUGAGCUCGGAGCGAGGAUGUCUGCCAUGGACAGCUCCAGCAGGAAUGCUGGAGAGAUGCUCGACCGCCUCACCCUCACCUACAACAGGUCUCUCCCUCCCCCUCCCCCUCCCCCCAUCAACAACAUUUUCAACAUUCCUUUUAGAUGGUUAGUUAUUUGCCUUGCUGCUCGUGAUUUAUUUAUUUAAUUAAUUAAUUAUUUUUGCAGAACCCGCCAAGCUUCGAUCACCACGGAGCUCAUCGAGAUUAUCUCCGGGGCAUCAGCACUCACGGGCUAG